AUGCCCCCAUAUUCGGCUAGGAACAAGGUUCCCACGAUUCAGAAACUCGGAGAAGAACUCGCCCAACGGCUCAACCUUCAAAAUGCGGACGCAUCCAAAGCAGCAGCCGGUCAUCUCAAAGAUGCAGACAAAAUCGCCAAAGCCAAAGCCGCCUCGCGUCGCAAGGUUGUUGAUCCAACAACCAAAAACGAGGUCAUAAUCCAAGACGUAGACGGCGAUUUUGCCGAUUCUAUCCACCGACCGAAAAUCACCGUCCCGAAAGCCGCAAUCAACUCGGAGAGAGCACCGGCGCCGGGGAAUGUUCCAGGUGUACCAAAACCACAUUUGCCUGACGGAGAUGGAGAGGACUACAGAGCAACACUCGACGACUUGGCUCCUCCUGAGGCGAACCCAGACAAAACAAGAGACUUGUUGCACCAUUCCAAGAACCACGAAAUCAUUUACCACCCUCUGCCCGUGGCAGAUCUCCAGAAGUCGUUUUAUGCCUUGGAGGGAACAAUCAUGUAUACCACGAUUGCCGCAACUGUCGGACUGGCACUUCUCAACUGGAUUUUUCUCGGGGGCAGGAUCAAAGGGCUUGUUGGAUCGGUCUUCGCUGGCGUCAUUCUCUCUUCCGGCAUCCAUCUCUGGCUCCGAAAGGUACAAGAAGGAGCGAAUGCUGUCAAUUGGGAUGCCGAACGAAAACGAGCAACUGCUGCAACUGAAUCUCUGGUCCCAGAAUCUGUAGAAUGGAUGAAUUCACUGGUUGGCAUAGUCUGGAAUCUGAUCAACCCUGAGAUGUUUGCUGCAGUGGCUGACACCCUCGAGGAUGUCAUGCAAGCAUCUGUUCCCCCCUCGCUUAUUCAGAAUGUCAAAGUUUCGUCUAUAGGACUUGGCGAUCAACCGUUCAAGAUCCUCUCCCUCAGAGCCUUGCCGUCUGCAGAUGACGACGAAGCACACAAGAAUGACAAUGAUCUCAGCGAAGAAGAUAAAAAGAAGAAGCAGGAGCAACGAGAGUUGGAAGGGGAGGAUGAUCCGAGCAUGAAAUACUACAAUCUGGAGGCUUCUUUUGCAUACCAUGCCAUCCCGGCUAAGGGUGUCAUCGGAAAGGCAAAGAACUUGCAUUUGGAAGUUGUCUUCUACCUGGGAGUCCAAGGGCUGUUCGGUGUGCCUCUCCCCAUUUUCGUUGAAUUGAACGGCAUUAUUGGGACUAUUCGUCUCCGCUUCCAACUUACGCCAAACCCACCAUUCCUCCGUAACGUGACAUUCACAUUCAUGGGGCUACCAAAAAUCGAUGCAUCUGCUGUACCUCUUACAUCCAAGGGCAUCAACGUCUUGGAUCUCCCUCUCAUUUCUGGCUUCAUCAAUUCUUCGAUUGCUGCUGCUCUCGAUAUUUAUGUCGCACCCAAGUCACUGAUCAUGGAUAUGUCCAAGAUCCUCCAAGGAGACGGUGUCAAAAAGGAGACUGAUGCUAUCGGAUUGAUCUAUAUCAAGCUAAAGCGUGCGGAGGGCAUUCCUGCACAAGACAGAUCCGGAAAGAGUGAUCCAUUCAUCACCUUGGCAUACUCGGAGUUCGGUAAGCCUGUCUACUGCUCGAGAAUUAUCGAGCAAGAGCUGGAUCCAUCAUGGAAUGAGCAAACCUGUCUUCUGGUCUACCAGGAUCAGCUCACAGCCGGAGAAAAGCUGUCGGUUGAACUCUGGGAUUCCGAUACCGUGGGAUCGGACGAUAAGGUUGGAAAUGUCAAAUUUGACCUUCGUGAUUUGAUCAAGGACUACUCUAAUAGGAUUGAAGAGAGAUGCGAUGAAUUGAUGGACGACGAGGAAAAACCUCUGCCUGGGCAUCUGUACUGGGAUAUCGGAUAUUUUCCUCGCUCAACCUUCAAGAAGUCCAUGCAAACGGACGGAAAGGACGAUACCAUCCCAGCUUCAAUCCGCGAUCGUGAAGAAUUUGCAGACGACAAGGGAACCGUUACAACUGAGCAGGAAGUCGGUGUCACAACUACACCACCAGAUCCAUCUCUGCCUUCUGGUAUUUGCUCCAUUCUUAUCCACCAAAUUGAAAACCUCGAGGUUGAGAGGCCGUCUGGGAGUUUCGGAAGCUACGAACCAUGGACACCGGCUCAAAUCACUGGCGAGAAUACGGAUGAAGAAGGAGAUGAGCUGCCUUCCUCGUACUGUAGCAUUCUCCAAGAUGACGAGCUUGUUUUCAGAACGCGAACGAAGGUUCACUCUUCAAAUCCCAUAUUUAAUGCUCAAACAGAAAGAUUCGUACGAGAUUGGAGGAAUUGCGUGUUUACGAUCACUUGCCGGAACCAUAUCAAUCGCGAACACGACUCAAUUCUCGGUGCUAUCACCAUCAAGCUGAGCGAGGUUCUUCACACGUCUUCUCAAGUUACGAAGGUCUUUGCUCUUGACGGUGGAAUGGGAUAUGGACGUAUGACGGUUUCGGUAUUGUUCAGAUCCGUCGACUUGCAACUGCCUCGAAACCUGCUUGGCUGGGACUUGGGCUCAUUCGAGCUUCUCGGCGAAAAAGUGCUGGUGGAAAAUGAUAGCACUGGACUGCUGAAGAGCUCCCGCAUCGCUAUCCACACUGACGUCGGCAAAUCUUCGAUAUCUCGACGCUGGAUCGAGCCAGGCUCUGAUGGUACAUCCUGGAAUCUGCAACGUAUCAAGGAAAAUGGGAAAGAUAUGCAGAAGCACCGUAUCAUCGUCCCAGUCCGCCGCCGCUAUCAAUCUGCCGUCAGACUCGAGUUCUUUAACAAAGGAUCUCGAAAGGCGGUUGCUUACGCCAUCUACUGGCUAUGCGAUCUUGUUGAUAACAAGGAGACUGCUCUUUGCGUUCCAGUGUACAAGACUCCAAUGCCAAAGCAGAUGACCCAAAACUACAUCUCAAACAUCGAAAUGGACAAGAUCAAGGCGGAGAGAGUUGGCACGAUCAAGAUGACUGUUCGGUUCAAGAUGGGAAUGGAUGACACGCAUCUUCAGUGGCUGAAAAACAACAACGAGCGAGAGACUUACGAGUCGUGGCUGUGUACAGUAGCUGAAGGCUAUCGAACUCGAGUCGUCAAGCGAGAGACUCCAGAUGCUGUCAAGCAACUUGCUCGCGAGGGCAAGAUUGUCGGCUACGAUUCCAGCAAGACAGAUACGAUUUCCGAAUUCGGCACUAUUAGACACACUAAGACAGGGUCCAGCGAUGAAACUCACGCCCGACACUCUAGCGAUGCCACCACCGACUCCCAAAAAGAUGAUUCUAAUGACGAAGAGCCUGAGCCUGUCAAAGUCCCCCGCGAAGCACCCGGCUACGAGCAAGAAGUUGAAAACUACCAUGAGACGUCCACCGACGAGCAAUGGGCCGGUUUCGGCGGAGAGAUCACCAAGUACACGUCCGUGCCGUCGUCUAUCGUUUCAGACGACCGCGAAUCGCUUAACAUUCAAGAGGACUUCACGGAUAGCGACAUCGAGGACGAGGAGCUGAAGAAGCGGCGGCAGAAGCAGGAUAAGGUUCACUCGAAGCACGAACUGCACCGCAAGCAGAGAGGCACGAUGAACAUCAAGGCAAUUCGGCAUAUGAAGUUCCUGAAGGACGAGGUGAAGGUUGCCGGACACAAGCUGAAGGGGAGGUUCUCGAUGAAGGGGAAGGAACCUAGUGUUGAGACUGAAAUGUGA